AUGAUCUCCUCGCGCACGCUGCAGAAUGCGGGACGAGUGCGGGCUCGUUUGCAUGCUGCCAAUCCCAAAACAAUCAUCUUUUCUGGCAUCCAACCUACAGGCGUACCCCAUCUAGGAAAUUAUCUGGGCGCCUUGCGGCAAUGGGUCAAACUGCAAGACGACCAGCCCGAUGCCCGUCGGUUCUUUUCCAUUGUAGACUUGCACGCAAUCACCGUCAAGCAAGAUCCAGUUGAGCUGGGGAGAUGGCGGAAAGAAAUGUUUGCCAGUCUUCUCGCUGUCGGCUUGGACCCCAGCAAGAGCACGGUUUUCUACCAGAGCGCUGUGCCCGCCCACAGUGAAUUCAUGUGGUUGUUGAGCUGUGGUGCGAGCAUGGGCUAUCUGGGGCGCAUGACACAGUGGAAGAGCAAGCUGGCUCUCCCGUCCGACGCUUCCCCUACCGCCCCAAGCCCAUCCAACAAGGAAGCCCUCAAACUAGCUCUCUUCUCCUAUCCGGUCCUGCAAGCCGCCGACAUUCUCCUCUACAACACCACCCAUGUUCCAGUCGGCGAAGACCAGGCCCAACACCUGGAAUUCACCCGUGACCUCGCCAUAGGCUUCAACCACCUCUACACAUCCAAAUACGGCCCACUCCUCAACGUCCCAGAGACGAUACUCAGCCCCGCCAAACGCAUCAUGAGCCUAACCGAACCCAGCAAGAAGAUGAGCAAGAGCGCACCAAACCCCAAGAGCAGAAUCCUCAUCACCGACUCCCGUGACGACAUCCACGCAAAACUGAAGACGGCAAUGACCGACAGCAUCGAAGGAGUGAGCUACGACCGCCAAGCAAGACCAGGCGUUUCCAACUUGCUCGACAUGAUGUACUACAUGGACGAAUCCGUGGCUCCGUCACCCGAGGAGCUGGCCAAGGAGAUGAAAGACGUCAGCAUGCGCGCACUCAAGGAGAAAGUCGCAGACACCAUUGACGACCAUCUUCGAGACAUUAGAGAACGCUACGAAGAGAUGAUGGGGACACAGCAAAAAGAGCUGGAAGCCAUAGCCCGCCAGGGGGCCGGCAAAGCAACUCAAUCUGCGGCUCUCAAAAUGGGAAGAAUAAGAUUUGCCAUGGGCCUGCGAUGA